AUGUGGCUUCCUUUGGUCAACCUCUUCCCUUCAGCUGCACUGAUCCAAAUCUACAGGACUGGAAAAAGGAAGCCCUCUAUUAGGGUUCCGUCAUAUUGCUUUCACCUGUCUGUCCAGAUCAGGGCUUUCACCUAUCCUGUCUGUCCAGAUCAGGGCUUUCACCUAUCCUGUCUGUCCAGAUCAGGGCUUUCACCUAUCCUGUCUGUCCAGAUCAGGGCUUUCACCUAUCCUGUCUGUCCAGAUCAGGGCUUUCACCUAUCCUGUCUGUCCAGAUCAGGGCUUUCACCUAUCCUGUCUGUCCAGAUCAGGGCUUUCACCUAUCCUGUCUGUCCAGAUCAGGGCUUUCACCUAUCCUGUCUGUCCAGAUCAGGGCUUUCACCUAUCCUGUCUGUCCAGAUCAGGGCUUUCACCUGUCUGUCCAGAUCAGGGCUUUCACCUGUCUGUCCAGAUCAGGGCUUUCACCUGUCUGUCCAGAUCAGGGCUUUCACCUGUCCCGUCUGUCCAGAUCAGGGCUCUCACCUGUCCCGUCUGUCCAGAUCAGGGCUCUCACCCGUCUGUCCAGAUCAGGGCUCUCACCCGUCUGUCCAGAUCAGGGCUCUCACCCGUCUGUCCAGAUCAGGGCUCUCACCCGUCCCGUCGCUCCAGAUCAGGGCUCUGUCCCGUCUGUCCAGAUCAGGGCUCUCACCCGUCCCGUCUGUCCAGAUCAGGGCUCUCACCCGUCCCGUCUGUCCAGAUCAGGGCUCUCACCCGUCCCGUCUGUCCAGAUCAGGGCUCUCACCCGUCCCGUCUGUCCAGAUCAGGGCUCUCACCCGUCCCGUCGGUCCAGAUCAGGGCUCUCACCCGUCCCGUCGCUCCAGAUCAGGGCUCUCACCCGUCCCGUCGCUCCAGAUCAGGGCAGAUAAAGGAGAAUGAUGAGAAGAAGCCAUUUUAAGAUGUACACCCAGACAUACCUUGACGCUAACCAAAUCAAAGUUAAUAAAUUAUUGAUGGGUUAAUAAAUUAUUUUUUCAUGCA